AUGGGCGGUCUGGAGGCCAACAGGAGAAAACACAGCGAAGAGGAUGGUCUUCUUAGAAGCACCAGGGCAGAAAUCUCUGGGGAGGAUGGCAGGGUAGCGGGGCCCGUAGCCAACCAAAUACAGCAUAGCGAGUUUGAGGCCUUUCUCGAAAGCUACUUCCCAGAGAUAGAUGAGGAAAAGUUCGUCAAAGCUGUUUCUGAAACGGUUAUCGACGAGGAGUGGCUUGAAAUGGUGAGCAGAGGCGAGAGCCAGAGCAGGAGAGAGGCCACUGUUAGGGGUCUGGUGGGAUGUCUUGUGGAUGACGGGGACAUUCUCGAUGAUUGCAGAAGGUUUUUGGAUGAAAGGGCGUCUUCAGGGACCGAGGAGGAGGGCCUUCUUGAGAUGGAGGAGAUGCUGGCAUCUUCUUCGGGAAGUGUAGAGCAUCUCAUCAAGAUGUACAGAGAGCAGGUUGCCGUCAACAACAGGAGGAAGAGUCUCCUCGGAAAAAGACUAAGAGAGCGUCUGGCUUACCAAGGAUAUUGGACGGUGCUAAGGGCCAUUGACUAUGACAUUGAAAGCCUGUUUGUCAAGAGAAAGAGGAAAAGGAAAAAAAAAGAGGGUGUGGAUGAAAAGGUGAGACAGGCCUUGGAGAGGCGCUCGGAGUUUGUGGAGCUAUUCCGAGACGUUUCUCUGCUUGAGGACGACUACAAGGACUACGAGGACCUGUUUGAUCCUACAGAAGAUGUAGAUGUGGAUGGAUGUGGGAUUAGGCCAUACGACUACUUUUCAUAG